GGCGGCGGCUGCGCGGGCCGCGGAAGCGCGAGCACGCGGGAGCCCGGCUGUCAAUCACGGCAGGCUGAGCUCCACGAGGCGGAGCGGCGGCGGCGGCGGCGGCGGCGGCGGCGGGCGGCGGCGAUGGGACCCCAGCGAGAGAUCUGCGGCUAGGCUGGCUGCACUUGCUCCACGGGUCAGGGGAUCGGAGGGGGAUUGAAGAAUGUGCCAUUAAAAAGAAAGGCCAAAGAGUAAACAACAAGAAGAGGAAGAGGAGAACUUCAAAGCUGGGAAGCAUGAGUUCUUGCAGCAACAUCUGUGGGUCCAAGCAGGCACAGGCUGCCACUGAGGGUGGGUACCAGCGCUAUGGAGUCCGAUCCUACCUGCACCAGUUUUAUGAAGACUGUACUGCCUCAAUCUGGGAGUAUGAGGAUGAUUUCCAGAUCCAGAGAUCACCUAACAGGUGGAGCUCAGUAUUCUGGAAGGUCGGACUCAUCUCAGGUGCAGUCUUUGUCAUUCUUGGAUUGACUGUUCUGGCAGUGGGCUUUCUUGUGCCCCCCAAAAUUGAAGCAUUUGGUGAAGCUGAUUUUGUGAUGGUUGACACACAUGCUGUCCAGUUUAAUGGUGCCCUAGACAUGUACAAGCUGGCAGGAGCCGUUCUCUUCUGCAUUGGGGGCACGUCCAUGGCGGGGUGCCUGCUGAUGUCAGUGUUUGCAAAAAGCUACUCCAAAGAAGAGAAAUUCCUACAACAAAAGUUUAAAGAGCGAAUAGCAGACAUCAAAGCCCACACCCAGCCCAUUACAAAAGCUCCGGGCCCAGGGGAAACAAAGAUUCCAGUCACUUUGUCCAGGGUUCAAAAUGUCCAGCCUCUAUCGGCAACCUGAAACCUUUUCCACCCAGGUCCUCCCUGUCUGAUUUACACACAUGAUUAAAAAGAGCAGGCCCGUGAUUGAGGUGAUGAGAAUGUUGACCUGCCCCAGGGCUUUGUUCAGCUGUGGGCAGCGUUGUGUGUGAACUCACACUCGCUCAGUUCAGGUGGCUCUGGUGGAGGCUGUACCAUGUGUCAACCUGUACAGCUGCCAACCUGUGCACCUGCAUCCACCUGCUUAGGACAGGUGCUUUUGUGUGCCCCCGGGAGUACUCUGGAACUCCUCUUUCAUAUAUUGUGACUUUGUGUGAUCUUCCGUGCUAUUUGAAAGUUCCAAACAGUUUAGACCAGCCCCUUGACAGCUGACAUGUUCCAUUUUAUUUUCUAAUCGUGUUUUUUCUAAUCUGUCCUGUGUGGUGCUGUCUUCCAUUCCUGUCUCACUAUGUGUAAGAUCUUGUCAUGUGUGUUCAUAGAAACAUGGAAUUCUCUGAUUUUUGACCCUAAUAAGAGUCUUUUAACCAUAUCUUGACAGAGAUUCCUGAGACUGGAUAUAAAGUUAUCAGUAGUGGCCACAAAUCUUUUUGUUUUCUCCAAUGUUUCUAAAAAGCCAAAAUUGCAACAUCAGAAUCUUGGCAAAUAAAUUAAUAUUAGAAGUAUCUACUUAUGCAACACCUGAAAACACUGAAUUAGAAACCAGGAAAACCAGUUUUCUACAUGAUUUUGGUGUGAUUUUGGUGUGAACUGUGUGAUUUGGGGAAAUCAUUUAACCUCCUAGGCCUCAACUUCCCCAACUGUAUAGUGGUAGUCCUGGACUGUGAUAUAUGAGAACCUUCCCUGCACAAACAUCUGAGAUUCCUUCUUUGCCAUGUGUCAUUGAGUCUUUCUCCCAUGGAUGUUUAUGAUGUUUUUGUGACUCUCACUCACCACAGUGGAAUUCUCUCAGAAUCUUGGAAAGUCACUGAGUCAGCAGUCUUCACUUAAAUAUCCAACCCCAGCAGUUUGUACAAUGCUAUCAUAUUUUUUAUAAAGACUAAAGUAAGCCAUCCUCAAAUAAGAAACACCUGGAUAGAUAUUAACCUUUGAAGGGGUUUUCAUUCUCAAGCAAGAUGCUUUAUUCUCCAGCAAGAUGUGCAUCUCAUUCCUUACACUCUCAUUUAAUCUGUGAAUUUGAAUUAGACUGAGAAAAAUGGAAUAUGUGACCUUGGUAUUCUCUCAGAAUUGUGCCACCUUAGAGUUCUGUCUUUUUUUUUUUUUUUUUUUCUUCCUUCACUGGAUAAAUAAAAUAUAUGAACAAG